GGGCGUAAGAUGGCGACGGCGGCGGCGGGCGCCCUGGGUCUGCUGUGGGGCUGGCUGUGGAGCGAGCGCUUCUGGCUUCCGCAGAACGUGAGCUGGGCCGACCUGGAGGGCCCGGGCGACGGCCACGGCUACCCGCGCGCCCGGCACAUGCUGUCCGUGUUCCCGCUGGCGGCCGGCAUCUUCUCCGUGAGGCUGCUCUUCGAACGGUUUAUUGCCAAACCUUGUGCACUCCAUGUUGGCAUCCAAGACAGCGGUCCUUAUCUAGCCCAACCUAAUGCUGAUCUUGAAAAGGUGUUCGUAUUUAUUACAAAGUAUCCUGAUGAGAAAAGGCUGGAGGGCCUGUCAAAGCAACUGGACUGGGAUGUACGAAAAAUCCAGUGCUGGUUUCGCCACCGGAGGAAUCAAGACAAGCCUCCAACGCUCACUAAAUUCUGUGAAAGCAUGUGGAGAUUCACCUUUUACUUAUUUGUGUUCUGCUAUGGAAUUAGAUUUCUCUGGUUGUCACCUUGGUUCUGGGACACCCGACAGUGCUGGCAUAGCUAUCCCUAUCAGCCUCUGUCAAGAGAACUUUAUUACUAUUAUAUCAUGGAAUUGGCUUUCUAUUGGUCUCUUAUGUUUUCUCAAUUUAUAGACAUUAAAAGAAAGGACUUCCUGAUCAUGUUUGUGCAUCACUUGGCCACCAUUGGGCUGAUCACCUUCUCCUACGUCAACAACAUGGUUCGGGUGGGAACUCUGGUCAUGUGUUUACACGAUUCCUCGGAUUUCUUGCUCGAAGCUGCCAAGAUGGCUAAUUAUGCCAAAUACCAACGGCUCUGUGACACCCUUUUUGUCAUCUUUGGUGCAGUUUUUGUGGUCACUCGUCUAGGAAUCUAUCCAAUCUGGAUUCUGAACACGACCCUCUUUGAGAGUUGGGAAAUGAUUGGGCCCUAUCCUUCCUGGUGGCUCUUCAAUGGCCUUCUCCUCAUCCUACAGGUUCUGCAUGUCAUCUGGUCCUACCUAAUUGCACGAAUUGCUUUCAAAGCUUUGAUCCGGGGAAAGGUGAACUACCCAGGAGGCUUAGACCCAGGCUCUGUACUCUCCACUCUUUUUUCACCUCCUCCUUCCUUUUUUCUAUGCCUGGUGGGAGCUGGACAGUUUCAUCUCUUGCAUGUUUCUAAGGAUGAUCGCAGUGACGUGGAGAGCAGUUCCGAGGAAGAUGAUGAGGCCACUUGCACAAAAACCUCUGGCAGCCACUCCAGCAAUGGUGCCAACUGGGUGAAUGGCCACAUGGGAGGCAGCCACUGGGCUGAAGAGUAAGGAAGGUGGCCGGCAAGGGAACUUCAGCACGCAUGGGACUUGCGGGGCCACUGGCAACCUACUCCUCUCGGGCCUCCCCACACCGACACUGCUGUGACCAGAGGGACGGCAAGGCACUGAGGGGACUCAAAGAAAAACAUUUUCACUUAAAAAAAAAAAAAAAAAACUCAGCCAUUUUGUAUUUAAU